UAGUCGGAACUGUUCGUCGCGACUUGAUGCGCGACACUUCCGUCUUCUCUUGGUGAAUCUUUUUUUUUUUUUUUUUUUUUUUUUGCCCACUAUAUAUAUAUAUACGAAAAUGUAUCAUUUUUAGAAAUUUAAUUUUGGAUUCGCAUUUUUUGGUCGUCGUCGUCGUUUCGUUUUAUUUUUUAAAUUAAGAAAAAAAGAAAAUAAGUGCCGUGAUUUGUAUCAGUUAAUGUGUCUUUUUAAUGGAAUGCCAGAAAAGAGGAUCUGAUGUUUAUUUUCCUCAGAAUGUCAAUGUCCGCUCUGGGACUCUGUAUAAUAUGGAAUUUAUUAAAUGGUGCCAUAUCAUACAGUGACGAAGUUGCAAUUUAUUCCAAUUAUCCGUACGGACAUGGACCACGUCAAGGUCAAGUGAGAAGAUGGACCGAAAGCGAAGCUUUUCUUGGUGGAUCACGAGGAGGACCGUUAUAUCGUCGCGAUAUUCAGGUUCGUCCUUAUACGCAAAUAGUACGUGUUGUCGAGGAAAAAACCGAUCCACUAACGCGAAUUACCGAGACACUUGGUGCUCUCAAUACAGUUGGAUCUUAUAUUGUAAAUAUGACACGUGGUGGUGAUUCUGCGGCAAAUCCAUCCAAAGAAUUGCCUUCGGCAUUGUACACAAUUUCAAAAAAUAUUCUCGGUAAAAAUGUCACUGACAGCAUUGCACCAAUUGUACGCGGUGUCACUUUGCCAUUGAGACCGGUUUCAUUAACAUUGAAACCGGCCACAACAACAACAACAACAACGACGUCGACCCUCAAACCCGUGACAUUGAUCUCCACUGAUAUUGUUUCCGAUUUACAAACACAACCAAGCGAGGAAAUAAUUGUUGACAGAGAAAAGGGACCUUCUUCAUGUACAACUGCCGAAGGUGGUCCAGGAAGAUGUCAAGAUCUCAGUAAUUGUCCACAUCUUCUUUUGGAUCUCACCAAAUUACGACAAUCUUUGUGUUUCAAGAGUCUUUUUGUUCCCGGUGUAUGUUGUCCUGUUGAAAAAAUCGACAUCGAUGAAGUAAGUUCAACGCCUCCGCUGGUGAUUCAAACGACAACGAAGCCAAGGCCGAGACCGACAAAACCGCCAACACCAAAACCAAUUCCAUUGUUUCCAAUAUCAACGACAAAUCGUCCAAAUUAUGAACUUGUCACGGCUCCCGAUUUAUUUGGAAAUAAAGGCAACGAUACGGUGGAAACAAUUGACAAUAAUUUUAUUCAAGACGACGAUGAAUGCGGCGUUAGAAACACUGGAAAGUAUCGAGUUGUCGGUGGCGAGGAAUCAUUGCCAGGUCGUUGGCCAUGGAUGGCAGCUAUUUAUCUUCAAGGUGCAAGACGCACUGAAUUCUGGUGUGGAGGUUCACUCAUUGGACCAAAACACAUCCUCACUGCGGCCCAUUGUACCCGUGAUCAACGUCAACGUCCAUUUGCAGCACGACAAUUUAUGGUUCGUCUUGGUGAUAUUGAUCUUGAGAGAGAUGAUGAACCAUCGUCACCAGCGACUUAUGCAGUAAAAGAAAUUCACGCUCAUAAUCAAUUUUCGCGUGUUGGAUUUUAUAACGAUAUUGCUGUUUUGGAAUUAACACGACCCGUUAGAAAAUCGCCGUACAUUAUUCCAAUUUGUUUACCGCAAUCAAGACAUCGUGGACAACUUUUUGCUGGUGCAAGACCAACUGUUGUUGGUUGGGGAACGACUUAUUAUGGUGGAAAAGAAAGUACAGUUCAAAGACAAGUGACAUUACCAGUGUGGAGAAAUGAGGAUUGUAAUGCCGCCUAUUUUCAACCAAUAACCAGUACAUUUUUGUGCGCGGGUUUCAGUCAGGGAGGAAAGGACGCAUGCCAAGGUGAUUCCGGUGGUCCUCUUAUGCUUAAGCAAGAAGGUCGUUGGAUGCAAAUUGGAAUUGUCUCAUUUGGAAAUAAAUGUGGUGAACCCGGUUAUCCAGGUGUUUAUACACGAGUUUCCGAAUAUGGCGAUUGGAUCAAAUCAAAUUUGCGUUAAAAUUUCUUUCAUAUAUUUCAACAAAAAUAUAAUAAAAAUCUUCCAUAGGUGUCGAUUUAAUUGUAAAAUUGUGAAACGAUUAUCAGUUUUUUUAGACACUAUUUUUUUGCCAUAAAUCAAUUUUUGUUUUACUUUUCUUUUUUUUUUUUUUUGACAAAAAAAGAUUUCUGCCUCUAAAUUAAUUUUCGUGAUCGUUUUUUUUUUAUUAUUUUAUUUAUUUCCCAACAAUUUUACGUUCACGAACACAAUUCUCUUCAUUAAGAUGAGAAUUAAAUACAAUAUUUCGAUUGAAAUAUUAUUUCUUUGUAAAUUUUGCGUUUUUGACAAUAUUUUUAAAAAUAUUUAUUAUAAUUUUUAUAAAUUAUCAGAGAAAUCUCUUUAAAAAUUAAUUAAUGAAAAAAAUUUAAAUAACCUAAUAUUUAAUUAUUGAGUAUAAUUAAAAGUUUUAAUUAUUUUACUAAAAUGUUUAAUUAAGAGCUAAAAAUUAUUUCACUGACAUUUAAAAAAAAAAAAAAAAAAUAUUGGAACUUUGUUUUCAUAAGAAAAUUUAAUAAAAAGAAAUUUCAAAAUUUUGUAAAAUUGUAAAAAAUUAAUUAUAAAAAUGAUAGAUAGGUUUUACAUUUUUCUAAGAAGAAAACUAAAGAGAAAACUAGUUAACGAGUAUAGUCAGUAAAAUUUUCAACCAGUGCCAAGAGCUAAUCUUUCUUUUUUUUUUUUAUAAUUCUUGCACAGUAUUUUGCACAUUCGUGUGAUAAAUAUUAAAGAAACGUGAUAACGAUUCUGAAAAGUUUCUUCAGAAAAGUAUGUAAAUAUAUAUUAUAAAUUAUUGUGUGCGUAGGUAUUUUAAUAUUAAAUAUUAAUGUAAAAAAAAAUAUUAAUAAACUGUACAUACACCUAA